AUGGAUUUGUUAGCAUCAUUAACAGAAAACAAACCAGUAGUGAUCUUCAGCAAAAGUACUUGUGUCAUGAAUCCUACUAUGAUAGCACUUAUAAGAGGUUUUGGUGCUGAACCUAUGGUUAUUGAGAUUGAUAAAAUGGCAAAUGGAUAUCAAUUAGAGAGAGCACUAUUUCAGCUUGGUUGUAGACCAAGUGUACCAGCAGUUUUCAUAGGACAACAAUUUGUAGGUGGUACUGAUGAAGUUAUAAGUCUCAAUGUUCAAAAUAAGCUUUCUCAAUUGCUUUUAAAGGCUAGAGCUAUUUGGUUAUAG